AUGUCUCUCAUUUGCCACUCGUGCGCUAACGAUAUUAAUGAAAGUCACGUUAUUUGCCGUGGCUUCUGCUCUGCAGUUUUCCAUCCCAGAUGUACAGGUAUUGCUGCCGUCGCAUUCGAGGAUGUGAUGAAAAAUGCACAAUUGUUUUGGUUGUGCAAAUCCUGUACAUCGUUGAUAAAGGACAUUCGAGUUAGGAAUGCUACUCGCUCUGCUCACGAAGCGGGUUUGGAAGAAGCAUUAAACACCCAUAGUGGCAUUAUGGAGAACCUCAAGGCUGAAAUAUUGAACGAACUAAAGAAUGAGAUUAGAACCAACUUCGCCACGUUGAUGAACUCGAAUUCGUUUACGCCACGAUCGAUUAGACGCACCGCUACGGAUUCCCGAUUUUCCAAACCUCGUCGACUGUUCAAUGCCGAUACCAAUCGGUCCAAUAAACCACUUUUAUUGCACGGCACGGGUAGCACGCCUUCUGCCUCCACCGAAAUUGCAGUUGUCCCUGCAGCUAGACGAAAAUUUUGCCUAUACCUUUCGCGGAUCGCUCGUAAGGUUUCUGUGGAAUAA